AUGGCUGUUUAUGGAUCCUACUCAGCCUGGACAUCACCAGCUAUUCCCCACUUGACCAGCGUAAAUUCCACCUUUCCAGUCACUGAUGCCCAAGGUGGUUGGAUCGUUUCCCUUCUCAUGCUGGGUGACCUUAUCGGUGGACUGAUAAUUCCAUUAUUCAUCGAUCGCAUAGGCCGGAAGUACACCUUAUUACUUUUCACCCUACCAGGAUUGAUCGGCUGGAUUCUAAUCAUCUUCGCCAAAAAUUAUCUUUAUCUCUACCUUGCAAGAUUUAUUGCCGGAAUAGGUGAAGGUGGUAUCUACACUACUCUGGUGAUAUACCUGACAGAAAUUUCUGAAAAGAACAUCAGAGGUGCUCUAGUCAACAUGAUAAAUUUGUCACUAUCAGUUAGCAUCUUCAUCUUUUCAUCAAUUGCAGCUCAUACAUCCUACAUGACCCUAAAUCUAGCAUCUGCUUCUCUACCAAUUAUUUUUAUUAUAAUGUUCCCACUGCUGCUAGAAACACCAUACUAUUAUCUGAUGAAAGGUCGAAAUAAUGAGGCUCUCCAAAGCUUGAUGAAGUUAAGAGGAAUUAAUGAACCAGAAAAACUGGAGACAGAUAUCAGCGAGAUGAAGUUAGCAAUUGACGAGGAUCGAAAGCUCAGCAAAUCUGGAUUCAUGGAGCUGAUCAGCAAAAGCUAUAAUCGGAAAGGCUUGCUGAUUGUGUUCUUCAUGAAGCUGACUCAAUUCUUGUCAGGCAUAGUCGCUAUUUCCGCCUAUGCUCAAGAGAUUUUCAGCGAAAGCAGUCCUUCACUAAAUCCUAAAUUUCAAGUAAUGAUCCUUACCGGAUUUCCGAUUCUGGCUACCUUGGUAACUAAUAUCGUGAUAGACAGGUUUAACAGAAGAACACUUUUCUUGACUACUGGAUUAUUAGCCGCAGUUUGCUUAGGAAGUAUUGGUUCCUUUUUUUUUAUGCAACUGUACCUCAAGGCUGAUGUCUCCUCCAUCAAGUUGCUUCCACUGGUCUCAUUAGUUGUAUUCUAUGCGGUCUAUAUGUUAGGAUUUGGUACUAUUCCUUAUAUUGUUCAAGGAGAACUUUUUCCGAUCAGUGUGAAGGGGAAUGCUGUUACUAUUGGGAUGAUUGUGGGAGCAUUUUUUGCGUUUGGAACUUCAGCAGGUUACAGCGCUGUCAGCAAUGCUGUUGGUACUUAUACCACCUUUUGGUCUUUUGCAUCAGCGGUCUUAUUUGGAUCAGUGGUCACAUAUUGGAUUACUCCAGAAACUAAAGGAAUGACACUGGAGGAAAUUCAGGCAAUCCAGAAUCCGGAAAUAAAGAAGAAGCUUGAAUUAGAACGGAACAAGAAAAGAGCUGCUUAA